AUGUUGUUGUUAAACUUAGGACUGGUUAUUUGCGCAGCUGGGAUUUGGGCAAGCACGGGCCUAGAUACCAGGCCAAAUAACAGCCACGAGCAAAUUUUGGUCAGCGGCGCUAUAUGGACGCAAAUUUUGCUACCGAUAGGCCUAAUAAUAUCAGCAAUUGUGGACGAAAAGUUGGAUAUUUUUGUGCACCUGUAUUACUUGUUAGCUGGUUGUGUUGUUUUGGUCUUGCCUGGUUUAUUGCUGAUUAUCGGCGAACUUAGAAAGCUUGAAGAAACCAACAGUCAAGACAGAUCUCUUUCCACGAUACAUCCUGCAGCACUACUGCUUAAACCUUUUGACAAAAUAUAUUUUAGUAUCGGAGUUCUAUUGCUUUUGGCAUCGGUGAUUACAUUCGUCGACUUGAUUCUAGUAAUUUUUUGA